CGGCGCCUGCAAAAGGAAAGCAAGUGAGGGCAGUUUGGGCUGGGGCAGCCCGUCGGAGCGGGCAGGAGGGAUUCCGAAGGGACCUCCAGGAAGCCUAGGGCUUGAAUUCCCGCUCCUCGGACCCCUGGCCCGCCCCCGCCGCCGCCUCGGAGCUCCGCACACCUUGGACGGGGGAGGCAAGCUGCUCCUAGCCCCGCACCCCAGGAGGCACGCUCGGAGGGAAGCCGCCACCGCCCCGCCUCUGCCUUGGCGCGGAACAAACAGUUAAAGAUUUUGGGCAGCGCCUCGCGGGGGGAGGAGCCAGGGGCCCAAUCCGCAAUUAAAGAUGAACUUUGGGUGAACUAAUUGUCUGACCAAGCGGAGGAAGUUCCUGCAAAUGAAGCGCAGGAAAUACGGCUUCAUCUACAAGACGCAUCUGUUCGGGCGGCCCACGGUGCGGGUAAUGGGCGCGGACAACGUGCGGCGCAUCUUGCUCGGAGAGCACCGGCUAGUGUCGGUCCACUGGCCCGCGUCGGUGCGCACCAUUCUGGGCUCCGGCUGCCUCUCCAACCUGCACGACUCCUCGCACAAGCAGCGCAAGAAGGUGAUUAUGCGCGCCUUCAGCCGAGAGGCGCUCCAGUGCUACGUGCCGGUGAUCGCGGAGGAAGUGGGCAGCUGCCUGGAGCGGUGGCUGAGCUGCGACGAACGCGGCCUCCUGGUCUACCCCGAGGUGAAGCGCCUCAUGUUCCGCAUCGCCAUGCGCAUCCUGCUGGGCUGCGAGCCCCGGCUGGCGGGCGGCGGGGACGCGGAGCAGCAGCUGGUGGAGGCCUUCGAGGAGAUGACCCGCAAUCUCUUCUCGCUGCCCAUCGACGUGCCCUUCAGCGGGCUGUACCGGGGCAUGAAGGCGCGGAACCUCAUUCACGCGCGCAUCGAGGAGAACAUUCGCGCCAAGAUCUGCCGGCUGCGGGCGGCCGAGGCGGGCGGGGACUGCAAAGACGCGCUGCAGCUGUUGAUCGAGCACUCGUGGGAGAGGGGCGAGAGGCUGGACAUGCAGGCACUAAAGCAGUCUUCAACCGAACUCCUCUUUGGAGGACACGAAACCACGGCCAGUGCAGCCACAUCUCUGAUCACUUACCUGGGGCUCUAUCCGCAUGUUCUCCAGAAAGUCAGAGAGGAGCUGAAGAGCAAGGGUUUACUUUGCAAGAGCAAUCAAGACAACAAGUUGGACAUGGAAAUUUUGGAACAACUUAAAUACAUUGGGUGUGUUAUUAAGGAGACCCUUCGAUUGAAUCCCCCGGUUCCAGGAGGGUUUCGGGUUGCUCUUAAGACUUUUGAAUUAAAUGGAUACCAGAUUCCCAAGGGCUGGAAUGUUAUCUACAGUAUCUGUGAUACUCACGAUGUGGCAGACAUCUUCACCAAUAAGGAGGAAUUUAAUCCUGACCGAUUCCUGCUGCCUCACCCAGAGGAUGCAUCCAGGUUCAGCUUCAUUCCAUUUGGAGGAGGCCUCAGGAGCUGUGUAGGCAAAGAAUUUGCAAAAAUUCUUCUCAAAAUAUUUACAGUGGAGCUGGCCAGGCAUUGUGACUGGCAGCUGCUAAAUGGACCUCCUACAAUGAAAACCAGCCCCACCGUGUAUCCUGUGGACAAUCUCCCUGCAAGAUUCACCCGUUUCCAGGGGGAAAUCUGACGGGCACGAAUGCUCAAACCUCAGACUUAUUGGAAAUGUACAUAUGAGUUUUCAUAUAGUGUCGCGUUGACUUUAUAUUUAAUUUCUAAAUGUAUAUUAUAAUAUUUAUGUGUCUCUAGUAACACGGUCUUUAAAUAUUAAAAUAAUGAAUUUGUAUAAUUUCCAAAUAAAGUAAAAUUUGAAGGU